CAGAAAGAUUGACGAAAUAUUCAAUAUAUUUAUUUUCGGUUAUUUUGUGCUCUUAUUCUUCGGAAUCGUUACUGAAAUCGAAGAAGUGUUGAGUCUUUUCAGCGCCGAAGAGAAGCCCAGUGUUCUCGAUAUUCUGCUGACCAUUGCUUUGGUUGUGUUGAUGUUGUUCUCCCUCUUCUAUACUCUCAAACAAACCUCUGAUGUGAACGCAGACUCGGCUGAAGCUAAAAGUCUUCUCUAUCAGUAUGUGUUGUCAACUGAUCCCCAGGACAGGACAGCUGUCUAUUAUGAAGAGUUCCAGUUAAUGAUCCCUGGUCUAUUAUCUCAUACUGCAAACUUUACUCUAUUAGGCCUGGUCAAUUUAGAUGCAGAUUUCAUGGCAAAGGCUGUCGUCUUUAUCUACACCUAUACUCUUAUAUUCAAACAAUUCACUUCUGAAAACAAAGAUAAAGCCAAGAAUAUAACUAUAACU